UGAGCUUUGAUUCUGCGUGUGUGCUCACUGUUUGCUCACAGGGCGGCGUGAGCCGAAACUGAGCAGUAGCACAGGCGCAGAAUUUUCCAAUACAAAACAAUAGCUUAACCGUACUGUUGUAUAUAUAUUUUUUCACUGUAAAGAAAACCAAUCGUAGCCUAUAUGCGCAGAAUGUCGGUGGGCAUAGAAUCUGGCUUCUCCAGCGAGGAGGUGCUGAACAUUAGAUUCCCUUUGCAUCGGGCGUGCAGGGAUGGAGAUGUAGGCGCCUUGUGCUCGAUUCUUCAGUGUACGACCAACCAGGCAGACCUAGCCGUGGAAGAUUCUUUCUACGGAUGGACACCGCUGCACUGGGCGGCCCAUUUUGGAAAGCUGGAGUGCGUGAUGCGUCUGGUGCAGGUGGGCUGUGGUGUGAACUUGGAGACGUCACGUUUCGCCCAGACCCCCACACACAUUGCUGCCUUUGGAGGCCACCCUGACUGCCUGCUGUGGCUGCUACAAGCUGGGGCCGACAUCAACCGACAGGACUAUGUGGGUGAGAGCCCCAUCCAUAAGGCGGCCCGUGCUGGCAGCAUCGACUGUAUUAAUGCCCUCCUGAUGCGGGGGGCAAAAGCGGACUUAAGGAACGCCAGUGGGCUGACCGCUGCCGACCUGGCCCAUGCCCAGGGCUUUCAGGAGUGUGCACAGCUGCUGGCCAACGCGCAGAACCAGCAGCUCAACUGCAUGACCAACGGCUCCUCCACCAACGGCUCCAUCGCCAACGGGGACCAGGCCAUCACCCAGCUGCGCAGCUUCCUCAAGGGGGCGCCCAGCAGAAAGAGGUCCCUGGACAGCAUGGAGCCGGAUCACAUCAAGAAGGCCAGAACUGACACUCUCCAGUUUCCCAUGAAGGCCCUGAACGGCUGUGCCCAAGAGGACCUGAUGGAAGCCAUGCACAUGGAGCCUUGCUCGGCGGCACCGACCACAGGUGAUCUUCAUGGCUCAAGUCUGCAGGCAGUUCCUCAGCCCUUCAGCACCCGCCAGGCCAAUGGGCAUGGGUUUCCUGGUAACUGUGUUGACCUCAUGGCCGACAUCAGACAUGGAGGCCAUUUAGGGAACAUGCGUGACGCCAUCCAGACCGGUAACGUUGGCAACGGGCUGCGUUUUGGGAACCACCAGGGCUUGGGGGACACGGCAGAAAGCGUUGAGGACGGAGGCAGUGAGAUGGACCACCACACCUCUGUGAAGGCUGAAGAACACUAUGACCACGUGCUCUACAGCACCAUGCUUCUUUACCACGGAUGUUAAAUGUGUCAUUGGCCCUUAAGGAUUAUCCACUUAUCAGCCUGUCCAGAAUCAGUUGCCUUAAGCUUAAAGUCUGCAACUGUGCCUCCUAAGAGAAGGAGUUUGUAGUUAAACAGAAAUGUGUCAGCUUGUAUGUCUACCAAAAGGGACGCAACUUAUCCUUUUUUUGUACUUGCGCUUAGAGCUAAAUGUUAACUGUAAAAAUAAGGAAGCCAUUGAGGCCUAAUGCAUUGAUGUGCAUUUAUAUUUCUUUCCUUCCUUUUUUGUUAUUCAUUAUCUUAUGAUUUUUUGUUACUGACGAGUAAUGCCUACCAUGAAAUAUACCUUGUGUAUUUGUAUUAUAGUGCGUCUCAGUUGAACUUUCCAUAAAUUGCAUCUUGUUUUUAUUUGUGAGUAUGCGCCGCACAGCUUGUGCUUAAAAUCAUUGUUUUGUUCUGUUACUAUUUUCUUUUUGUACAUAAGUUUGUUGUUUAAAAAAAGAAAUGGUAUUAAAAAAACAUUACUAAAG